UUUCACAUAAUCAGAGCAAAUAUGAAAACAAAAGACCGGGACUCGGGACGUGGGUAACAGGGGAUGCGACCGACUUACUUCAUGGGGGGUUUGACCUCGCGCCCAUGCCGCGGGUUUUGCCCCGCCAGUCGGUAGGUAACGUCAGAGUCUCCCGUAGCGCCGCCGACGGAGAAGAACGACCUCACCACAGCUCCUUUCAUCCCGCAAUCGCCUUAAUCUUCGCUAUCCCCCACCGCGCCACUUCCGUACCUUCAAUACAUACCCAAUGGAAUAUUACGAUUACAUCGCAUUCUAGUCUUGGUUUUAGGGAGCAUCUCAGUUCCCCAAUUGUCAUUUAAAGUGCUCCGCUCCUCCCCCCUCCCCCCAUCGGGGUAUUCGGAUUCCUGCGGUUUCCCCGAGACAUGAUCCUUCCCCAUCCCCAUGGCUACAGGAACGGUCGACCCUUCGGCCCCUAAGGACGUACAGGGGACCUCGACCCCUCCCGGAGACAGCGAUACGGGGUCAAGUAAUGUUCACGAGAAAGAAAAACAGAUGGUGGCUGCUAUUCGCCCGCCGCACCAACGACAUCGGAGUCCUUUCGUCAUCACCGAGCGGCCGGAGGAAAAACAACUAGGCGUGUCUACCCGCACCUUGACAGUUGAUGACUUUGCACUUCUGAAAACCCUCGGGACUGGCACUUUCGCUCGGGUAUGGCUAGUGAGAUUGAAGGACGAGAUACGACAGAGAGAUAAAGUGUAUGCACUCAAAAUACUACGAAAGGCGGAUGUGAUCAAAUUGAAGCAGGUUGAACAUGUGCGCAAUGAGCGCAAGACUCUCUCGGCGGUUGCCGGCCACCCUUUCAUAACGACGCUGAUAGCCUCCUUUUCCGACGACCAAAGUCUAUACAUGUUGUUGGACUAUUGCCCUGGCGGUGAGAUAUUUAGCUACCUACGGCGCGCGCGCCGGUUCAACGAAAACACCGCUAAGUUCUAUGCGGCCGAGAUAACUCUUACUAUCGAAUUCCUUCACGAUGUAGAGGGGAUUGUUUAUCGCGACCUGAAACCUGAAAAUAUACUUCUGGAUGCCGAGGGCCACAUCAGGCUUGUCGACUUCGGCUUUGCAAAGAAAGUCGAGAAUCGGGAGACUUAUACCCUUUGCGGCACGCCAGAGUACCUGGCCCCUGAGGUAAUUCAUAAUAGUGGCCAUGGCCUUGCAGUUGACUGGUGGGCCCUGGGUAUUCUCAUUUACGAGUUUAUCGUGGGGCAACCGCCUUUCUGGGACCAGAAUCCCAUGCGUAUAUACGAACAGAUCGUCGAAGGCCGCAUACGCUUUCCUCAAAAUAUGUCACCAGCGGCCCAGAAUAUCAUAUCCUUACUUUGCAAGACCAAUCCGACGGAGCGCCUAGGGUAUAUAUCUGGAGGGUCUGCCAGGGUCAAGUCACAUCCAUUCUUUGGAGACAUACAAUGGGAUGAUUUGUUUUACCGCCGUAUCAAAGGGCCCAUCAUCCCGAGGGUCGACCACCCUGCAGACACCGGUAACUUCGAAGAGUACCCCGAUCCGGAUGUGAGAAGUCAGAAUGUUUAUACCGAUGAUCUGAGGAAAAAGUACGAGGCUUUGUUUAGCGACUUCUAAACACGGUACCCGAACAGACUCAAAUAUCCAACUGAACAAACACCCUUCUGUGAACGUACUGCCGUCACGCGAUCAGGUUGAUUCCAUCCAACCGGACCACCCCAUCGGAGACGACUGAAGCAUCCGGAUUGAUAACGGAGACUUAAGACCCUUGUUUAAAAGCCAGGGCCAUUGCCUACAUACGAACGAUGUUCAGUUCGGUCCGUAAUACCCCCGCCUCAUUCUUGGUAAUCAACUAUCUUCGCAAGGGAGGCCGCCGGUACGUUCGUGGUCGCCCGUAGCCUCUCAACGACAUGCUUGGAAGUUCCUGCAGUUCAGCCAAUGCCUCUUGUUUUCCCGCUGUCCAUUGCAAGCGUACCUCUGUCGACUACCUUCUGUGGCCUUUCCGGAGCUGCUACUAAUACGUUGUAGCGGUGAUCAUCAGUGACCCAAAUGGUCCUCGACAGUUCUGUCAUGAAGAUAUGAUUAUUACUACCACUACUUCUUCUACUAUUAUUAUUAUCUUUUUUCGCUAUUAAACUCUCUUUGGUGCUCGUGGACUUGUUUGUUAUUCA